AUGCGCUUCUCAACGUCUGUCGCCAGACCACUGCAACUAGCCCUUAGGGCUAUGCAGUGGUGCAGUGCUGUCAUCGUCUUAGGCUUGACCUCGUGGUUCAUCGAUCAAGGUCCUCGCGGACAGCAUAUCAUCUACCAAGAAGUCAUCGCCGCCUUCUCUGUCGUCUGCUUCAUCCCAGCAUUCAUCUCCCCCUUCCGCCCUUCAAUCUUAAGCAAAAUGGUCAUCCUAGUUGAUGUCGUGUUCUCCUACCUAUGGUUGACUGCUUUUAUCUUUGCAGCCCAAGACUACAACUGGCACUCGUGUUACUUCGAUUCUCCGCCUGGUAUAUCCUGCCGACGCAAGAGGGCGAAUGAGGCCUUCAUCUUCUUAGCCUUUAUUAUGACCUUCUUUGGAAUAUUCCUCGAGUUUGCUGCUCAUCGGGCUUAUCAACGGGGACGGCCUGCUCAGCCUGUGGUUGAAAAGCCAGAUGCUGCUGCUGCAACUCGGCCGCCACUUGAUGCCCCAGCUGAAGUUGCUACUCCGACUGGUACGGUUUGA